UCUCUCAGCCUGACCCUGCUCGCUCGUUUCAUCCAGGAUCACGGAGAACAAGGUUGAUUCUCAUUGUUUUCCUUGGGAGACCCAAUGGAGGAUUUAAAAGAGCCGCCGACCGUCCACCGGUCCUCCUCGUUCAGCAUCAAGAGCCUGCUGCUGCCCUCCAAGUGCGAGAGGCCGGACUCCGCCGUCGGCAUCCCCGACACGCUGUCGCCUUCGCCGGGCUCCGACUCGGGGAGAUCCCUGGACCCGCACGACAUUGACUCCUCCGUGGCUUUGGACCCAGAGAACCCGGGCAAGGGAGAGCGGGGGGAGGAGGAGGGAGGUGGCGGCGGCGGCGGCGGUGGCGGCGGCGGCGAGGGAGGAGGUGGCGCCGGCGGAGGGUGUACCGACGAAAACAAAACGGCGUCAGAGCAAAACAACAGCGGCAAGAACGGGAAAUUCGACAAGCCCCCGUUCAGUUAUAACGCCUUGAUCAUGAUGGCCAUCAGGCAGAGCCCCGAGAAGCGACUCACCCUCAACGGUAUCUACGAGUUUAUCAUGAAGAACUUCCCGUAUUACCGGGAGCACAAGCAGGGCUGGCAGAACUCCAUCAGGCACAACCUGAGCCUCAAUAAGUGCUUCGUCAAAGUCCCGAGGCACUACGACGACCCGGGGAAGGGGAACUACUGGAUGCUGGACCCCUCGAGCGACGACGUGUUCAUCGGCGGAACUACCGGCAAACUCCGGCGGCGCUCCGCCACGUCCCGCGGCAAGCUGGCCAUGAAGCGGGGGCUCCGCUUCGCGCCCCUCGGCUUGGGAAUUAACGAGCGGGCCAACAACCCGCUCUACUGGCAGAUCUCGCCGUUUUUGUCGCUGCACCACCACCACCCGCACUACAACGGGUCGUCGCCCGGAUUUCUGAACCAGGGGCACGCCGGGUACGGGUCCCUGCUGCCCUCGGUGGAGCAGCUCAGCAACGGGGACCUUGCGCGCCCCAUCCUCGGCGGGUCCGCCGCCGGCGCCUUGGGCUUGACGAACAGUUACGGUAUGAGCACGUCCCCGGUCGGGCUGCUGUCCGGACAGACAGCCGGAUAUUUCGUCUCAGGGAGCCAACACGCGCCGCCGCCGCCGCCGCCGCCUCACCUGCAGCAGGGCUCGGCGGCUUUCGGCGGCAUCACGGCCGGCUCGCCGCAGUCGCUGCUCACGGACUCGCUGAGGACGACGUCCUUGCCGUCCUUCUCCCCGGCGGUGUCGGGGGGCUUCCCGGGAGUGCUGUCUCAUCAGAAGAGAGUCACCUCGAACGCGUUCCUAAACUGAGCCCGUCUGUGCGCCGGCGGCACCGGCACCGGCACCGGCACCGGCACGACCCGGGCUGCGUCACGCCGAGGCCACAUCACAGCGGUCAUAUCAUGUAAACACUGCGCGCCGGCGGCGACAACUGUUCCUCCGCGGGGAGGACCCCCCCCCCUCCCCCCGGGGCGCUGCGGCGCGUUCUGGUUAUUCCGGUUUAUUUUGAUUAAUUUUUUUUUGUUGGUUAUUUGUUAUUUUUGCGUUGACUGAAAAGGGACAAACUUCGUUACCCGCGGGGUGUAAAACUGUAAACUAGACUUGCCAAAGUAUAUUUCAGGCUAUUUAUAUCUUGUACAAAGAUUUUCAGUACUUACUUUGAGUAUUUUAUUUAUGUUUUGUAUUUAUUGUACAAUGUAUUUAAAAUUCUAUUGUCAGUGUACUCAUCGGUAUUUAGGGAAGGGGGGGGGGAGGAGACGAGAAUAAUUAUUUAUAAGUAUUAAUUCUGAAGAGAAAUAAGACAAUCAUUUUUUGGGAGAAAAAAAAUGCCUUAUAAACAAAAAAAACAUGAAUCAGGGGACGAAGUCCAGCGAGAGAAGAGGAGAAAACACGAAUCGAUAUCAUAUCUACUCAGGUUCCUGUCUGCCUCUGCAUGGAGACUUUCCUUCCGAUGAAGACGAAGAAGAAGAAGAAGAAGAAGAAGAAGUCCUCCAGUACUGAGAGUGAGUCAUUAAAGUCGCCGUCCAGUUAACUCCGUCUGUGUUACUUUGGUUUGGGGGACGAUAGAAACUUACCAGUCAUCUCGACACAGUUUAGUUUAUUUUAA